CCGCCCGGCCCCGCCCUGCCGUCGCCGCUGCCGCUGCGGGGAGAAGAAGAAGAAGAGGAGGAGGAGGAGGAGGAGACGAGAGCCGGGGCGCAGCGAGAGACGCCCUUUCCAGGCAGCGCAGCAGCCCGAGGGGGUGGAGGGGGCGAGCCGGCAGCGCGGCCGGCCGGGAGGGGGCGGCUCCCCCCCCUAAAAGCGCCGCCGAGCCCGGCCGGGAGCCGACGGAGCAGCCCAGCGAGCGCCAGGCAGGAGCCAGCCCGGGCAGGCAAGCCUCCGCGAUGCGGCUGCCCGCAGCUCUGGCCAGCCCGUCUCGGAUUAGCCGCCGCCGCCGCCGCCGCCGCUGCCGGCUCUGAGUGCCGCUGCCGCCGCCGCCGGGCGCCCCCCCCGACGAGGCUCCGCCAAGAUGCCCCGCCAAGGCAGAUGCUGGGAGCUGCUGCUGCUGCUGCUGCUGGGGCUAGAGGUCCGCAGCCUGUGGGGCUGCCCCGUGGACUGCGUCUGCUACCCGGCGCCCAUGACGGUCAGCUGCCAGUCGCACCACUUCUCCGCCCUCCCGGAGGGCAUCCCCCGGGACAGCGAGCGCCUCUUCCUGCAGAACAACCGCAUCUCCCGGCUGCCGCGCGGCCACCUCAGCCCCGGCCUGGUCACCCUCUGGGUCUACUCCAACAACCUCACCUUCGUCGACCCCCAGGCCUUCCGGGGCUUGGCCCAGCUGGAGGAGCUGGACCUGGGCGACAACCGCCACCUGCGGGAGCUGGCCCCCGAGACCUUCCGCGGCCUGGCCCGCCUCCACGCGCUGCACCUGUACCAGUGCGGCCUGCGCGCCCUGCCCGCCGGCCUCUUCGGCGGCCUGCACAGCCUGCAGUACCUCUACCUGCAGGACAACCAGCUGGAGGCCCUGCCGGAGGACCUCUUCGCCGACCUGGCCAACCUCAGCCACCUCUUCCUGCACGGCAACCGCCUGGCCGCCCUCCCGCCCCACGCCUUCCGCGGCCUGCCCCAGCUGGACCGCCUGCUGCUGCACCAGAACCGGCUGCAGAGCGUCCACCGCAGGGCCUUCCAGGGCCUGGCCCGCCUGACCCUCCUCUUCCUCUUCAACAACAGCCUGGCCCAGCUGCCCGGGGAGGCCCUGGCCCCGCUGGCUGCCCUGGAGUACCUCCGCCUGAACGGCAACCCCUGGGACUGCGGCUGCCGGGCCCACUCCCUCUGGGACUGGCUGCGCCGCUUCCGGGGCUCCAGCUCCGGCGUGCCCUGCGGCGACCCCGCCGGCCUGCGGGGCCAGGACCUCAAGGAGCUGCCGGCCGCCCUCUUCCGGCCCUGCCUGGCCUCGUCCGAGUCGCGGCCCCAGAGCCACGGGCCCCCCCGGGACCACCCCCGCCCGCCGCCGCCGCCCCGCGCCGCCUCCUCCGCCGAGAAGGGCCCGCGCCCGGGCUACCGCAAGCCCGGCAAGAACUGUACCAAGAGCCGCCACCGGACCACCCAGCCGGCCUCGCUGGGGCCCUGGAAAGGCGGCCCGGAGAUGCGGGACUUUGAGCACAAGGCCGGCCUGGGCCUGCUGCCCAAGCCCAAGGGCAAGUGCCCGCAGCGGACCGCCCUGCUGCCGCCCAGCGGCGUGCAGCAGGCCGCCGGCGGGAUCCUCAGCGCCGGGGCCCGGGGGGUGGGGGCCGGCGCGGCCCUGCUGGCCGCCCUGGUGGCGCUGGCGGUGAUCGUCCGCUGAGCCGGCCGGCCGGCCAGCCCGCCCGCCCGCCCGCCCCCGAGGGGGGUCUUGCUUCUGGUUCGGUCUGUGGAGGAGGGGGCCUCCCGGAGGCGGGGACACGGGCGCAGGGCCUUCUUGGUGGUGGUGGUGGUGGUGGUGGCCCCCUCCACGGCCGGCCAGGAAGGGCAUUACAAGCAAUAGCGGCACCCAGGCUUCCGACGGAGAGCACCCCCCCACACACACACCCCUUGACCCGGGCGACCGGAGCGCCCCCCCGCCCCCGUUUGGUGACUGGAUGGACCUCCGCAGACCCCCGGGGUUGAGGAGGGGGGAGCACGGAGCGGCCACCGAGGAAGCCGACGCUCAGGGCUCCAGGCCACGGACCGGGCGUGGGCCAGGCCCUCCCACUCCUCCCAGCCAAGGCAGGCUGGCCUUCCCUUGGACGACCGUCCCCCCGGUGCCCCCCAGGGCCGAGCCGGGGCAGCCCAAAGGCAAGAGGAGGAGCUGGACCUGGGCUGCGGGGGGGGGGAGGCAGAGACCUUCCGCCGGCCCCACUUUUUGUAACUCGGUGUUCACAGACCCAAUAAAGCCAAUGCACAGGUUGUCCCCCC